UCUCACUACUCGUCUAUUUGGCAAGUACGCCAAUACUUGUCUCUUUGUCAAGUACAUCAAGGUUGAACUCACUUUUUCAAUUACGACGCUCUCACUACUCCUGUAUUUCGCAAGUACGCUAAUAUUUGUGUAUUCGGCAAGUACAGCCGGUUUCGUCGCCUAUCGGGCCUCAGUAUUAACUUUGUUUCUAUCAUGGACGGUCGCGUUGUCGCUGCAGCAGCGUUUGUGGUAUUGAGUGGCUGCAUAAGAAGAACUAAAGCUCAUCAAGCUCAGAAGGCAAAAGAAAAAGAUGGUGGAUGACUUCUUUGAACAGAAGUCGAGAGAGGUACAAUGCCUCCAUGAUGAUAGAGGACCUGAUUCGAGAACCGUCAGGAAUGCUAGAUAAUUUCUUGCGAAUGUCCUACAACGACUUCGUAUUUCUACUGAAUAAAGUGGGACAUAUGAUAGAGAAAAAAGAUACUCGGAUGAGAAAGGCAAUUCCAGUUAAGGAAAGGUUCUGCGUUGCGCUCAAGUUCUAUGCUAGUGGAGACAGUUUUAUGAGUUUGUCGUAUCCCAAUGUGUUUUAGACAUUUUCGAUGCAUUGAUUAGCAUUCUCAAGGAUCAAAUAAAAGU